AUGGCGAGAAAGAUCACGACAGUAGAAAUCCUGCUGCACAACAAGCUAGACGAUGUAUGGAUUGUCGUCGAUGGAGAGGUGUACGACAUGACUGAAUUCGCACCUGAUCAUCCUGGAGGAGCGGAGAUUAUACACAAGUUUGCCGGAAAGGACGCCACAGAGGAAUAUGGCCGCGUUCAUUCGCCUUCAUUGAUUAGAGAGACUCUCGGACCAAAAGGCCAUGUCGGAUCGCUGGAUACGUCAACAAUAACAGAAGACUGGAGAAUAGCCAAUCAACCGGCAGACCAAUCCGCCUCGGGACCUUCAAAAGAAAAGCCCACUCUGGACGAAAUCUUCAACAUGGAUGACUUUGAAAAGGCGGCACAGUUGACGCUGUCGAGGAAGUCAUGGGCAUACAUCAAGGGCGGCUCCAACGACAAUAUCACGCGAGAUGCCAACAGCUCCAUGCUGCGAAAAAUCUGGCUGCGCCCAAAGGUCCUUCGCAAUGUUGGGAGUGUCACUGCACGGACGAGCUUGUUUGGAUGCGACCUCGAGAUGCCCGUCUUCAUCUCUCCUACCGGCGCUGCGAAAGCGGGCGGCGCCGAGGGCGAGCUGACCUUGGCCCGAGGAGCUGGUGCUGCAGGCAUUGUGCAUUGUUUCGCAACCCCAUCGUCCUACACUCACCUAGAGAUCCUGCAGGAGACGAGGCGUCAUGCCUUCUUCCAGUUGUACGUCAACAAAGACCGGUCCAAGUCCGAGGCCAUUGUCCGCGCGAUCGAGGCCACCGGCAAAGUCAAGGCCAUUCUGGUGACUGUUGACGUCCCCGUCAUUCCCAAGAGAGAAGAUGACGAGCGCGUAAAGUCAAACGAACAGCUGCAGAUAGCCGGGAUCGGAUUGAAACCCGAAACUGCAAAGGGAGACAAACGGGGAGCCGGUCUUGCGCGCCAAGUGUCGUCGUUUAUCGACCCGACAUUUACUUGGGAUGACUUGAAAUGGCUGCGAAGCAUCACUGAGAUUCCCAUUGUUGUCAAGGGCAUUCAAUGUGCUGCUGAUGCGAAUAUGGCUGCGAAAUUGGGGGCUCAAGGCAUCGUCAUCAGUAACCACGGCGGUCGAGCUGCUGAUACUGCGCCGCCAACCAUUCUUGUGCUGUUGGAACUGCAGAAGCAGUGUCCUGAGAUAUUCGGAAAGCUCGAGGUUCUGAUUGACGGAGGCUUUCGGCGAGGAUCAGAUAUCGUCAAGGCGGUUUGCUUGGGUGCAUCUGCCGUGGGACUCGGCAGGCCAUUUCUCUACUCGUUGGGCUAUGGCCAGGAGGGCGUAGAGCGCGCCGCGUGGAUUCUCAAGGACGAGAUCGAGACGGCUAUGCGUCUGUGUGGCAUGACUGAUCUGAUGCGGGAUGCACAUCCCGACUUUGUCAACACGAGCAGCCUUGACUUUAUGGUGCCUGGACUGAAGCAUCCCUACGCUCGCAAAGUCAACAAGUCACAGGGGUGGCUGAGCUCACUGCGGUCCAAGCUGUAA